UCGCGUCACGUGCGCGCGCGGCCCCGCCUGCCCGCAGGAGGGCGCCGUGAGGCGGCGGCGCGGGGCCCAUGGCGGAGAGCGGCGCCUGGCUGCUGGUGCUCAGCGCCGUGUUCCUCUGCAACGCGCUCAAGAUCCUGCUGCCCUCCUGCUCCUCCCUCAUAUCCAGGCUGUUACAGAAGGAUGCAGAGCAGGAAUCCCAGAUGAGAGCUGAGAUCCAGACUAUGAAGCAGGAGCUUGCCACCAUCAGCAUGAUGGAUGAGUUUGCCAGAUAUGCCCGGCUGGAGAGGAAGAUCAACAAAAUGACUGACAAGCUCAAAACCCACGUGAAAGCACGAACUGCCCAAUUAGCCAAAAUAAAGUGGGUCAUAAAUAUUGUAUUCUACAUACUGCAGGCUGCCCUGAUGAUCUCUCUGAUCUGGAAGUACUACUCCGAGCCCGUCACCGUGCUUCCAAGCAAGUGGUUGGCUCCCCUGGAGCGCCUGGUGGCCUUCCCUACAGGAGUGGCAGGAGGUGUGGGAAUUACCUGCUGGCUCGUGGUCUGCAAUAAAGUUGUAGCUAUCAUGCUGCACCCCUUCAGCUGAAGGAAUCCCAGCAAGCCAUGGACUCCCCAGCUGCAUUUACAUAAUCACUGUCUUAAAUUAGGUAAAAAAAAAAAAAAAAAGGGACAGUUAUCUUUCAUGAGACAAGGUCUGAGACAAUCCUUGUUACUCCAUUUGGAUAUCUGUCAGUCCUUUUGAUUCUUUCGAUUUCACUUCCCAGAGUUUGUCUUUCGUUUUGGAAAGAACAGCACUGCUGGUUGUAAAAUCUCUUUUUGGGUUUAGGCAUGGCAGAACCAUAAGGUUUUGUCAUGGCCUGUUGUCAACAACAUCUAAAAGUGUUGGAUUUGUGGUUUUAAAUUGGAAAUCUGCUGGCUUUAGGAAUUAAUUUGGAAUCUUGGCUGUUUCUUUGCUGUGAAAUGUGGAAGCUUCACCCUGAGGUGGAAUCAUGUUGGGUAAUGCAGAGGGCUGAGGUUGUUUGCUUGGCUUGGGGCAAAAGAAUUUCCUUGUGAUUUUUCACCCUAAAAUCAGAAUAUUCUUGAACUCUCCUAAAAAAAUAAAUGAGUAAAAUCAAGAUUUUUAUAUCUUAAGAGGUUUUUUCAGCUGCCAAGCAGAGGCUGCUGUCAUUGAAGCAGAAGCCAGUGCUGUUCCUGCAGGGGGGAUGCUGAUUUUGCUUCCCACUCUGGAAUUCCCACAGGAAUGAUCCCUUCUGCUAUUCCAGGGCCUUUUCCUCCCUGCAGCAAGGAAGGGGCCAGACCCCUCCAAAAUUGGCACUGCCUUUAAAAACCAGUUCAAAAGGUCAGGUUAUGUUGUGUGUAUAUAUAUAUGGAUUAAAUAUUUUUGUUUGUUUGUUUUAAUGUUAAUUUAAAAAUUGGGAUUUUAUAUGAGGAAUUGCAUUUAGCCAACAUGAAAAUAAAUAUCAAGGAAAAAAUAUUGUGAUUGAAUGUUAUGUAUAAUUGUGAUUUUAUUAAGGAAAUAAAGCUUUUCAACCCAUCUUA